CGGUCCCUAGAAUGACAGAAGCGGGUGAGGUGGGAUAGAUCGAGACACUGGGACUAACAGAGGAUUCGACACCUAUUUGGAUUCAUCCAGGUGCUAAACGACGUAAUCUUGAGACGGCAAAGAGCACCGGGAAAAAAAUGCUUAUCAAAGAAUUUCGAGUGAUCCUACCGAUUUCUGUGGAGGAGUAUCAGGUAGGUCAGCUGUACUCAGUAGCAGAGGCAAGUAAAAAUGAGACGGGUGGAGGAGAAGGGGUGGAGGUGUUGAAAAAUGAACCCUAUGAGAAGGAUGGAGAGAAGGGACAGUACACACACAAAAUCUACCACCUGCAGAGUAAAGUCCCCUCGUUUGUGCGAAUGCUUGCACCAUCUUCAGCAUUGAACAUUCACGAGAAAGCUUGGAAUGCCUAUCCAUACUGCCGCACAGUAAUCACUAAUGAAUAUAUGAAAGAAAAUUUCCUCAUCAAGAUUGAGACGUGGCACAAGCCUGACAUGGGGCAGCAGGAUAAUGUUCACGGUCUAGAUCCAGACACAUGGAAAAAGGUGGAUGUGGUGUAUAUAGACAUUGCAGACCGGAGUCAGGUGGAGCCAAAGGACUAUAAACCAGAAGAAGAUCCCACAAAGUUUAAGUCUGUAAAGACUGGCAGAGGGCCGCUCGGUCCUGAUUGGAAGAAAGAACUACCUAAAAAGAGAGACUGCCCACACAUGUGUGCCUACAAACUUGUUACUGUCAAGUUUAAGUGGUGGGGCCUGCAAAACAAAGUGGAGAACUUCAUUCAGAAGCAAGAGAAGCGUUUGUUCACUAAUUUCCACCGGCAGCUUUUCUGCUGGAUUGAUAAAUGGAUCGAGUUGAACAUGGAUGAUAUCCGCAGAAUGGAGGAAGAGACCAGGAGGGAACUGGAUGAGAUGAGAGUGAAAGAUCCAGUAAAAGGCAUGGUGGCUCUUGAAGACUGAAGCUGCUGUUCCUGGAUGCUGCCGUUCAGAAUGACCAGACCUGAACAACUGGGGACCAGCAGCAUCACUACCCUCAAUCAAAGCAAAACUACAUGUCUUUUUAAACAUAAUCAACGUCCAUCAUCCAGCCCUUUGUGUGGCCUGUCCAUCCUGAGCAUUCUUUGUAUCCUCCUUUUACUCUGACAAUGGAGCACAUUGACUAAAUAAAAUAUUAUUUAAGAGUUACGGCCAGUUUAUGAAGUCUACUUACAACAACGAUCGGCUGUAGCAACUUAACAGAUCAUUUAUGAUGUCAGAUUACUAUCUUCAAGCCUGUGUUUUAAGAUGAGUUCAAUGUUAAGCAGAUGCUAUUUGUGUGUAUAUAUAUAUAUAUUCAGAAUAUCGAUUGGCAGUCGAGUUCUUGUGACAGGUGUACAAACAGGGUUUUUAAAGGGAUAGUU